AUGGGAAGAAAAGAAGCAGAACUGCACCCAUCACAAAUUCAGAAGCAGAAAGAAGUCGAAGUUAGACUAGGAUGUUUGAGUCGUUGCGAUGGAUCAGCGAUGCUCGUUUCCGAGCUUGGAACAGUCGUUUGCGGAGUCAACGGCCCUGUAGAAGCAAAGGAGCGAGAACAGGAUCCGAUGCGAGUUACAGUCAAUGUGAUUCUUCAUCCCCCGUCGAAUCAGCAAGCUGGACCUGUUCACCGACAAAUUGAAAGGACCAUCUCGGGUCUUCUCUCCUCCCUCGUCCAGAAAGAAGCCAACCCUAGAUGUCAGAUUCAGAUUGUUUUGCAACCGCUCGAAACAGAGUUUUGCGUGACUCCCUUAGUAAAUUGCGCGAUUCUCGCCAUGUUAGACGCUGGAAUACAAAUGCACCACGUUGCUGCUGGAGGAACUGUAGCUCUUCUAGCUUCAACUGUUGAUGAGAAGAAGACGCUUGAUCUGAUUGGGAACCCAACGCUAGAAGAUAUUAAUAACUCGAUAGGCUCAAUUCACGCAGUAUUCUCCCGAACCGGAAAGCUGCUGGCGGUUCAAUCCGAUGGCGAUUUCCAGGGUCAUCUUAUGGACGCGCUCCACAAAGCUGCCAAUUCCGCGAAGCCGGUUUUCAACCUCUUCCAAGAUGCUGUUCAGAAACGCCUACAGACUGAAACUGUGAAUGUUUGA